AUAUUAGCACUGAUAGGUUAGCUGCAGGAUGGGUACACUGAUGGCUCCAGUUCUGCUGACAGUAUGCACCUUCUGGUGCCUGCUGAGCACCUACAUUGUGUCAGUCAGCUCAGCCAGUUCCACUGGGAAACUCAAACAGAGUGAUCACAAGCCACAGCAUCUGGAGAAGUUUGGUCUGCUGGAGACUGUUGCCCUGCUCGAUCAGGAGCUGGACCUGGAGGCCCAGCUGUGGUCCAGUCUGCUGGAUCCCAUGAUGGUGGCUCGGUACAUUGGCACACAACAACAUGAAGAUGUCAGACAGCACAUAAUGCACACGAUGACCACCCUCGGCUGGACGGUGGACGGGGACCGACCAUUCGAGAUGAAGACGCCGCGCGGCGCGAUGAACUUCACCAACGUCGUGGCCACGCACGACCCGUCGGCGCCGCGCCGGCUGGUGCUGGCCUGUCACUACGACUCCAUCUACGGACGGGACACGUUUGUCGCGGCCACCGAUUCUGCUGUACCGUGCGCCAUGAUGCUCUACAUGGCCACUCUGAUUACUAAUCGCUACCUGGACCCUAUGAAGGGCCGGUCGGAGCUGACGCUGCAGUUGCUCUUCCUGGACGGUGAGGAGGCCAUUGUCCACUGGACCGACACCGACUCGAUAUACGGCGCGCGUCACCUGGCCUCAGAGCUGGCCCAGAGCGUAUAUCAGCGUACCGGGGACAGCGUCAUCAACGACAUCGACCGCAUAGACUGUUUCGUGCUGCUGGACCUGCUGGGUGCCGCGCUGCCGUCCAUCAGUAAUUACCAGCCGAGCUCUCGGGAAGAGUUCCGCCACCUGGUCUCGGCCGAAGAGCGACUCGCCAAGGCCGGCCUGCUGCCCGACCUGCCGUCCGUGUUCCACUACCGGGACAGCUGGGGCGCCUGGGGCGCGCCGCGCAUCAGCGACGACCACCUGCCUUUCCUGAGGCGCGGUGUGAAGAUUCUCCACCUGAUACCGCACCCGUUCCCGAAGGUGUGGCACGACGACUCCGAUAACGGCUGGGCCAUCGACUUCCCCACGGUGCAGCGCAUCAACCGGGUACUGCGUGUCUUUGUCGCGGAGUAUCUGGGAGUCGCUACCUAUCUGUAGUCGAAACACACCGGCCGCCGGCUGCGACGGUCUUAUGAACGAUGGCACUUGCUGCUUUCGGCCCCUGACGCUGUUCCGUCCAGUGCUGCGACCGAGGUUGGACUUACGACACUGACUCAGUCCACAGCUCCACAGACCACUAACGCCUCUCCGUGACCAUCGGUGGCCCUCCCUGCCUCGAGAGCCAGCCAAUCAGAAGCCAAGCCGUCCGACGCGUCGGCGAAUCGGCGACGCCCGCUGUCGGUGCCUCAGUUUUCGGCCAAUCAGAAGUCACGCCGUCCGCCGUGCCCGUGUCAGCGACUUUGUACCGCAGCCAAUGGAGUUUGCCUUCGUGUGGGUCUUUGUAAAUGUCAUGGUUGUCUCAGAUCAGUGUCAUUUUGUAUAAGUUUUCUGUGAAAAAUCAUGCGACCUGUGUAAAAGACUAGUUGACUAGGUUGUGAUGCUACUUAAUGUAACGUAUUUUGUGUGUGGUGAUAAUAUGUGAUAGAUUUUACUAUGCAAAGCUUAAGUGCUCAUCGUCGCAGUGUUUCUGGGUAACGCUAACUGGUUAUCGGUGGACGACCUGUGUACUGUGUAUGCUGUGUGGUAAUGCUCUGCUGAAAUGCAGCGUUAUAACGCAACGCAUCUAACUAUGGCUCAAAAGAAAGGAUGCCUCAAAGGCCAGGCUCACCUCGUAAUAGUUUUGUAAUUACAGAGAUAUCGAGAUAUCGAAUGAGAGACAUCGACUGAGAUGUAAACGUCCAGGUAGAUGUUUUUAAAUUUUCUUAAAAGUCCGCCUAAAUUAACAUGAAUGGCUGUGCCUUGCGCUCUAUUUAUCGCCUUCUCGUACGCAGCUGACAAUUUCAGAGUUUUCUUUAUGCAUAAUCCUAGCUAAAAUAAUAUUUAUUUCUUAGCAAAUGUAGUAUCCUCAUUUUCAUGAAGUCAGAUUAUCGAACAAGGUUUUCUAUAUCGAAGCCAUGACUAGCAGUGUAAGCUGUUAAGAAAUAUUGACAUGUUUGCUUGGGUGUGCAGCUGUUGUUCAAGUUACCUGCAGUGUGGUUUCUUAUAGAAGUUGUGCAGUGGCUAGCUCAUAUAGCAAUUAACGUUUUUAUGAAACUACAGCCUGUCAUUUUAUGUUAUGCAGUGUUUUAGGAGGCCUUCGAAAACCAUUUGGUGCAACUGCCUUUGUCCCAUGUGUAGUGUAUGCUUCAAAAGCGAGCUAUUUCGCGGUGAGUAUAGUGUAAGUUUAUGACUGAGGGAGCUUUAGUGUGUCCGCGUCGCCCAUUGCUGCCGAAAAUCUAUGGCAAAUGCCUUUACACGAAAUCUGCAGAAGAGCUGCAGACCGAAUCGAGCCUUUCUCUCGGCACACAGGGGGUCGUGCUGCUGCCUGUAUAGGGUUUGUCGCAUGCUACAGUGAAUUGUGCAAUGUGGAAGCUCGUGGUCACUCGAUCAUGCUGUGCAGGCGCAAAUAAGUAUGUGUUUCUACAUUUAAUAAAGCCAACAGUGUUGUAUAAA